AUGCGUGAAUAUUUUUUAAAUGUGAUAUCACUGCUUGUUAUAAUCCAUAACGUAUCUUCAGCUGACAAUAUUAUUAAAUCGUCAGGGUCAAAAAAUAGUGGAAAUAAACCGCUGAAGUGUUCUUACAAUAAUAUUCCAUUGUCUGAAGAUAUUUUUAAAUUGUGGUCAGGAUAUGGAUGUUAUAAUUAUACCCCAAUGUUUCGGUUUAAAGAUAAUUAUUAUAUGAAGUUUAUUCAUAAUUCGAAGUAUGAAAAUGUAACAAAUUCUGAUGAAUAUUUUCCGUAUGUACAAGAAAAUGAUUUUAAGAUUUAUUACGACUAUACGGAUGAAUUUAUGUCCAAGAUAAUUGAAGAAACAUUUAUUGAUAAUUUAUUUUAUUUAAAAUGGCGUGAUUGUGCUGAAAAAGCUGAUAAAUGUUGCAAAAAUGUAUUAAGAUACUCCGCUGGCAAUGAGAACACUUUGAAUUGUAAAUCGCUAUGGGAUGGAUGGGAAUGUUUUCCAACAACAAAAGCGGAUGAAACUGUUUAUAAACCAUGUCCGAGUUACAUUUAUACAAGUUCGGGUCCAACUUGUACACAUUACAGUUCAAAAUAUUGUUCCACAACCGGAAAAUGGAACAGCACAUCAUAUGAUUCUUGUAUAGCCAUUGAAGAAGGAACAUUAAUUCAUGAAUACUAUGUAGUUCUACUAUUUAUAUCAAUUCUCUUCUCAAUGCCAGCAUCAAUAAUAUUUACAUCUUAUUACAAACUACGUGUAACACGUGUAAAAUUACAUAAUAAUUUAAUAAUUUCAAUAAUUAUUCGAAAUAUAUUUGAAACUGUUCAAUAUAAAAAUGGGUUUUGGUGUAAAUUUGUUGUAUUUUUUACUGAACUAUCAACGAAUUGGAUGUUUGGUGCAAUGGUUUUAGAUGCAUUUUAUAUGUAUCAAAUUUUAGUGAGAACAUUUGAGAGUAAUCCACCAAUGAAAUAUUAUUAUGGUUUUAUUGCAGCUUUCUGUGUAUUAGCAACCACAAUUUGGGGGCUAAUAAAAUUUUUUACAAACAAUGAAGCAUGCUGGAUGAUAUCAAAUGAUUAUGGAACUUGGAUUAAUGUUGGUUUGCGCGGUGGAAUGUUGUUAUUCAAUACAUGUUUACUACUAUGUGUCAUGCGAGUGAUCAUUGAAAAAUUACGUCGACAUAUAAAUAAUGCUAAUCAUAUUAAGAUUGCAUCGAAAGCAACGUUAGUAUUAACACCAUUGUUUGGAGUACAGUUUUUUCUAACAUCAUAUCACUUACCAAGUACAUCAUGUUUGGUAAAGGAAACUUAUUAUUAUAUUGGUUAUACAGUGGAUGGACUUUUGGGUUUUAUUGUAUCCAUGUUGUACUGUUUUUUAAACCGAGAAGUAAGGAUUUUUUUUAUAUUAAAUAUUGUUGAAGUACAAAUUUUAUUGGCAUCAUCAGUACGUGAUUUUCGUACGUCAUGUCAACUUCGUAAACGUAUUGCUCGUGCACGUUAUGAACAUACACAAAAUAGUAACGAUACAUUGAACACCUACCGCAUUCAACAGAAUAUAAGUGGUACAUUAAUGACACCAGCUGAUUCAUAUCAUUCAUUAGCACUGAAAACUAUUCAUAUAAAUACAAAAGCAUGUAUAAAUAAUUGUAAUUAUUGUGAACAAUCAAAUUUGAGCCAUCAUAUUAUUGAGUAA